AGACUGGCGGUGAGAAAAGGAGAAAAGACAGCACACUGCCGUGGCUCUGGGCGACACCUCAGGUGGUCUAUUGGGAUUUUUUUCUUGUGGCGCUGAACUUCAAGAACAAUUUGCUCCUUGCCACUUUUCAUCCUUCACCUCUAACAAUGGGUGGCUGUUUCCAGUUUGUGGAGGAAUCACGAUUUUCAUUGAGUUACGACGUUUGACGUGCAGGCGAGGUUUGAGGGGAUCCUGUUUGAGGGGAUCCUGUGUGCAAUGAAAAGUGGGCAAUUACUGUCGGCUGUAUCUCCAUCGUGCAGGACACGUCCUCUUGUCGGUGCUCCUUAAAUCGGCGAGGCUGUUGGUUAUGCUUGCAGCACUUUUCCCAGCAUUUUCUCUUCGGUGUCCCUGAAGAAGAAGAAGAAGAAGAAGAAGACGAAGGAAGAUGGCUCUCCUGGUCGUGCUUCUGCAAACGGGGCUUGUUUUGGGCUCCAAUUACGGAUAUGUGGACUGGUCGGAAAACGACCGAGACGAAAGCCCUUCAAUCUUCAGCACCCAAGGCAUCAACAGGGAGCCGCCCCACUACCACCCGACUUAUUUUCACUCGCCGUCGGGUACCGAGCGCACGGUCGUGGCGCACAAAAUCGAGGAGGACCUGCCGAGGGUAGUGACUGCUUUCCUCCACAGCGGCGACUCCUCCGCGCUGAGGCAGGUCAACUGCUCACGAAGGUACGAGCUGAGCAGCCUGCGAGGCGGCCUGCACGUCGCCUCCCACUACUCGCUGCACGGCAUCCUGGAUACCAUGACGCACGCCACCAACUUUUUGAACAUGAUCUUGCAAGCCAACAGGUCCCGGGAGGACACCUUGCAACAGGACAUUUACUGGUAUCACGCGCUAGUUCGGAGCAUGCUCGAGGGGGAUCCCAAAAUCCACAGAGCCGUGGUAAGCUUCCACAGAGACGCACCGGCACCGACUCCGCACGUCUUUCUGCAGGCGACCAGGAGCCAGAAGGAAGUGGUGCUGCAGGAACGGCUGCUGACGAGCAGGAGCCCCGAGUACGAGUGGUUGAAGGAGUUUAGGGAUGGAAAGAGAGCACACACGCAUAGAAGGGGGUCGGACCCCAAGACUGGAGUUUACCUUCUGGAGAAGAAUCAGAUCAAGUGGUCUGCACCUUACCUGGAGUGCGAACAUGGGGCUUUCGUGCCCUACUGGCUACUCACUUUGUCAGCCGGCUUCUAUGGACUCAAGAGAGACUCUGCACUCGAAUUCAGAGGUGUUGUUCGUUUGGACGUGAACUUGCAGAAUGUGGAUAUUGACCAGUGUUCUGACAGUGGCUGGUUUGCCGGGACACAUCGCUGCAAUCUUACCAGCAUGGAAUGCACGCCAAUCGCCGGUCACGGAUUUGUGUUGGACAAAUACAAGUGCCAAUGCAAGAAAGGAUUUUACCAUCCAAGCCGUGUGGCGCUCAAUGGCUUUAAAAGUAAAGUGCAGGGCUCUCACAGAGAAGACAUUUCUGACGCUGCGAGUAAGUGCCUACCUUGCCGGGUGGGCUGUCCCUACUGCAGAGACAACACACCCUGCCUCGCCCAGGAGGACAGCGGGCUACGACUGGCUGUGGCCUCCUUCCAAGCUCUGUGCAUGGUGCUGGACUUGACUAGCAUGGUGGCGGUCUACCACUUCAGAAGAAAUAAGAGUAUCCGCACUUCUGGAUUCAUUCUAUUGGAAGCAAUAUUAUUUGGGGCUUUACUGCUGUACUUCCCUGUUAUGAUACUGUACUUUCACCCGAGUGUGUUCCGUUGUAUCCUCCUGAGAUGGGUUCGCCUGCUGGGGUUCGCCAUCAUGUAUGGCACCAUCAUCCUUAAGCUGUACAGAGUGCUAAAGGUGUUCUUGUCACGGACGGCACAAAGGACACCCUACAUGACAAGUUGGCGAGUUCUGAGGAUGCUGGCAAUAAUCCUAUUGGUGGUGUUGUGGUUCCUGGUGGCCUGGACUUCUGCUGUGUGCCAGAACCCGGAGCUGAGUCGGGCCUUAAUCACGGCCGGCUUUUCAUCGGAGGGGUUGCAGUUUAGUAUGUGUCUGCUUGACCGCUGGGACUACAUGAUGGCUGUCGCCGAGUUGCUCUUUCUGCUGUGGGGUGUUUACCUGUGCUACGCCGUGCGAACGAUUCACUCAGCCUUCCACGAACCGCGCUACAUGGCGGUGGCCAUCUACAAUGAGCUCUUCUUAUCGGCCGUCUUCCACAUCAUCAGGUUCUCUGUGGUGCCCAGCCUUCACCCUGACUGGAUGCUGAUGUUGAUCUUCGCUCACACUCAUCUAACUGUCACCGUGACUGUGGGAGUGCUUCUUGUUCCAAAGUUUUUGUCCAAGGAGACUCAAGCUCGGGAUGAUAUUGCCACUGAGGCGUACGAGGAGGAGCUGGACAUCGGAAGGUCUGCUUCUUACAUUAACAACAGCAUUACCUCAGCGUGGAGCGAGCACAGCUUGGACCCUGAGGACAUACGGGAGGAGUUGAAAAAACUCUAUGCCCAGCUUGAAGUCUACAAACGCAAAAAGAUGCUGGCCAACAACCCGCAUCUCCAAAAGAAACGCAAUUCCAAAAAGGGCCUCGGUCGUACGCUGAUGAAAAGAAUCACGGAGAUUCCGGAGACCAUGCACAUACACCGCCAGUGUAGCCGAGAAGAUGGCAGUGAACACGGUAGCAACCGCAGCACUUUGAGGAGGAACCACGUGGAGACCAGUCAGCAUGGAAAACCUCAAGAAGAUUCCCUCAAGAGCAAAGUCAUAAGCCUGCAGAAGUCGCUGAGCUAUGAUCACGUUUGUGAGCAAGAUGAUGAAACAGGAAGUCAAAGCGGCUCUGUGGCAGGGGACAAAAUGACUCCGGUGGGGAAUGGCGGAGAGUGUUCUCUCCUCGGUUCCCUCAUCGGUCGCAAACAUUACAAAAAGCAGCAGGAACCGGUCGCCCCGCCAUCAAAGCUGGAAGCAGCAGAGUCCACCGAGUCGGUUCCACUCUUCUGGAAGUCGGCGAGCGUUCACAACCUAACGCACGAAAAGAAACCCGUGCACCUGCGCACCUCCAUCAUGCAGAAGUCUCUCAGUGUGAUUGCCAGCGCCAAGGAGAAGAUGCCCGGGCUCAGCAACAAAACACCAAGUGUGGAAGAUGCCAGCAAAAAAGGGCUGAAGGGGCAGGAGGGGAGGAUGUUGUCAGAAGUGGAUGAGACUCCUGAACAUUUUCCCAAAAUGAUCGUCAGCCAGUCCGUGGAGUAUUCCAAGACACCUCUGAAGAUGGGCAUCAUGAAGCAGCAGGUGAGUGGUAGCCAACCGUCCAUUUGCUCUGAAACCGGCAGGAACUUGUACGAUGUGUCCGAAGUUUGUCAGUGGGAGAUGGAAGAACCUCAAACGCCUUCUGAAGCCAAGACACAGAAACACGUGUCCAUCGCCCCAGAGGAAACCGGCGGAGGCCGAAGAGGAAGUAGCAGCUCCGGCGUCGGCAAAUGUAGUCGCUCUCAGCAGAGACUGAAAUCUGGGCAGUCUCCUUCAAACAGACGACGCUCCAAGGAUAAAGGAGGGGAAAGGGAGGAGAGCAGGGAAACACGGAAAUCUCGCGGACCCAAGUCGCCUCUGCCGCUCAAGCCAGAUGUGAGCCCCUGGGAUUUUGAGGAGCAGCCUAUGCUUGGUAAGCUUUCAGAGUCCAUUUCCCCAGAAAGAAUCCGACGCAAAAAGAGCGUCACGCCGACUGACGGUAAACCCAAGGCGCUCCGCUCGGACCACUCCAAGUCCACCGGAAGCCUAUUGCAGCCUCCCUCCUUGAUGCUAGAGAUCUGCCCGUGGGAUUACAACAGCCCGCCUUCGCCUAAGCAGGAGAAGAUCUGCACCAGCCCUUCCGCACAUAAGAAGAAACGGAAAGGCUCCUGCUCAUCCGGCCACAAAGGCGAGAAGGAGAAAGGGAGGGAGAAGAACAGAGAAAGACGGAGCUCGUCCGGCAAGCAGCCGUCGGAGAGAAGGCGCGUUAGCCAGUCAUCUGAGUGCGGCGGGCCGCUCUCUGAGCGACGGAGGAGCUCCAGCAAAGACCCAGAGGGGGCGGAGUUGAGGAGGGCAGAGAGCGAGGAGGCCUCAAACAGCACUUUUGCUCAGACUGAAACUUCCACGGACAAGAAAAAAGAAAAGUAUCACAAACCUGCAGUUGGUAGCGGGCCAAAAAUGGUUGACGUAUGUCCCUGGGACUUUCAGGACCCUGGAGAGAGGGCAUGAUGACUGCUGUCUUUUUCCCGUUUGAGAUGUGUUUAACUAAAAUCCUUUUCGACACAAACAAAAAUGGACUAAGUUCACUGGUUUUAAUGCAAGAAGCACUUCUGGAGCCUGUUGCUGUCGCCAGAUCCAAAGUAAUAUCAAAAUAACUCGAUCUGGAUCUUAUCUUUUGCAAAUAUUUUGCUUGCACACUGCCACAUUUAUUCCAUCAUGAUAUGCUGACAUGAGUCUUUUUUCAUCUUUUUUGACACAUGCAAACAAUGAAUGCUUCACCUAAUCAUUUUGUCAGAUAUUGAUAUAUGCGUUCCAUGAAGAGCUGAUGAUUCUAGUGGGAUCUUAUUACAGUAGGAAUACUAAUGCACACACACAAAAAAUAUCGAAUAGAAGCUGUGUGAAACAGGACCCAAUACUUUAUUCACAGCAUGACGAUGACGCCGAUGGCGCAUGUUUAGAAAAAGUUGAGAAUAACAUUGUUGUCCAGUUUUCUGUCGGCACCUUAGAAAAGCCAGCGCAUGUGGUAACUAUUGACUGUAUAUUGGUUUACUUGUUGCAACAGUGGAAUUAUUGUUGGUCUAGUAUCUAUCUGUCUUCUAAUGCACCACAGAAAAUGCACCACAUUUGUGCAUUAAUUAAUUCUACACAAAUACUGUAGAUCAGUUACAGACACAUCCAUGAGGCUCGAUUUUCUCUUUCUGUGUAUUUCCUUGAAAUAGUUGCAAUCUUUUUCUACUCUCUGCAUCCCUUAAAAAAAGCUUUCAUUUGA